AUGGCUGACUCGGUCCCCGACACGCUGUCUUAUGGUACAGUGAAAACGGCCGGCCGGUCGGCGACUGGCUUGUUCAAGGCUAACCAUGAAAUGCUGGGAUGGCGGAAUCGGCAGACGGGGCAGACCACACAGCUGAAUAAGGAGGAUAUCGCGUCGGUCACAUGGUACAAGGUCAACAAGGAGUGCCUUUUAAAGAUCGUUAUGAAAAAUGGUGACAUAUAUAAGUACGAUGGCUUCCAAGAUUCCAACUAUGAAACGGUCAAGGCUUUCUUCAAUAAGCAUUACGAUUUGGAUUUGAAAAAAGAAAAAGUAUCUACUCGUGGUUGGUGUUGGGGUGAGAGCAGUUGGUCCGGCACGGAACUAGAGUUGAAGAACGCGGGUCAGGUGGCAUUCGAGAUACAGGCCACCGACAUCGCUCAAGUGGUGCCCACUGGUAAGAACGAGGUCGCCUUGGAGUUCCAUGUGGAUGACACUAGAGAUGCUGAUGACGAGAGUUUGGUCGAGAUGAGGUUCUUCAUCCCGAAUGAGGAGUACGCGGCUAAGCUGAAGGAUGAGCUUAUUCAGAAGUCUGGCGCGGCUACUGGUGGCGGCACUACUAUAUGCCAGUUCCUGAAUAUACCUAUUGUCCUACCCAGAGGCCAUUACGAUUUGGAUAUGUUCCGCUCAUCCUUCAAGCUAAGGGGCAAGUCCUUCGACUAUACUAUCAAGUACAUGAACGUCUCUAGAAUGUUCAUGCUACCCAAACCGGAUAGCGUUCAUGUCUCGUUCGUAUUGGGAUUAGAUCAGCCAGUACGGCAAGGCAAUACAGCGUACAGUUUCUUGGUCAUGCAGUAUGAUAAGGAGAGAGAAGUAGAGGACCUAGCUAUCAACUUGGAUGCUGAGGAACUGGAGAAAUGCAAACUCCAGAAAGUCGUUAAUGGGGAGAAGCUGUAUGCUGUGAUGGGACAGUUGUUCAAGCAUAUGACCGGCAAGAAUGUGGUCACGCCCUGCCAGGACUUCAAGGCUUCUAAUGGAUACAACUGCGUGAGAUGCUCUCAUAAGGCCAAUGAUGGCUUUCUUUAUCCACUCAAGAAGAGCUUCCUCUUUGUCAACAAGCCGGUCAUGUGGAUCCGUUACGACGACGUGUUAGCAGUUGAGUUCUCCCGUGCCGACUCUGGAUUCACCCAAACCCGUUAUUUCGAUCUGAAGGUGUACCGUAAGGGCGAGGGUCAGCCCCAUGACUUCCAGCAGAUGGACAGAUCCGAAUAUAACGGCCUUAUUGAGUUCAUCCAAAAGGCUGGUAUAAGGAUACGCAACCUAGAGGGCUCUGGCUUGGGUCUUGGCAAGAGGUCACGAGAUGACGGCUCCUCUCCUGAUGGGUCGCCUGAUCUCGGUGAUGACUUGCCAUCCGAAGAUGAGAGUGAUGAUGAGGACUAUGAGGAUGCUGGUGGGGCCGAUAGCAGUAGUGAUGACGAUGAGGACGACGAGGAGGAAGAUGAGGAUGCGGGAGGAGAUGACGAGAAGAAGCACAAGCAUAAGCAUCACCAUCAUCAUUCCCACAAGAAGGACAAGAAGCAUAAGUCCUGA